AGAAGGAUGAGAGGAAAGUCGGUCGCUGCAGCUGCCCGAUGAAUGAAGGCGCAAUAAUGCCCUGUGAGACGGCGUGGAGGCCCCGCGCACAAGAAAAAGUGAUUUACUGUGAAUGAAUCUGAAGAAGAAGAAGAACUGGAUCUCGGUGUGGAGGGUCGUCUUCUAGGCUCUGAAGUUUUCCUCUGAAGUGAUCUAAAUUCACCAGCAGAGAUGAGGUCGAAGAGUUCUACACGUUGGAUAGUCCGAGUCUGGAUAACGUGCGUCCUCGUCGCCUUUUACGCGCAGGAUGCUGUCUCCAAAUCUUGUAAUGAAACACAAUAUUCUCCAGAAAAUAAACCCUCCAGAUGCUGCGACAAGUGUAAACCAGGCUCCCGUGUGUCUUUGGACUGCACCAACUCCAAAUCCACUACAUGUGUUAGUUGUAAUGUGGAUGAAUACCAGCCUGGCUGGACUGAAGACACGCACUGUAUUAAGCAGAAGUACUGUGACCAAGGUAAGUAUUUUAUGCCGAGGAGAAAAAACCUUGUGGCAGAGGAGCCGUGUCGCUGCAAAAAGGACUAUCAAUGCCACCCCAUCAACUGCGAGUUCUGUGAGAAGAUACCCACCUGCGACAUCGGAUUCGGACUCGAGGUGGACCCCGAGUCCACCAUUGGGAGGAAGAUAUGUGUUGCGUGUAAGAAAGGCUUCUUCUCUGAUGAAAAUAGCGAGGAACAAUGCAAACGAUGGACUAAUUGUAAAGCCAAGGAAAGGACUGAAACACAGCCGGGCAGCGCUGAGGCGGACGCAGUGUGUGGACCACCUGUCUCUGGUGCAGCACCCUCCUGGCUUAUUGUCUCCGUGCUGUCAGUCAUCACGGUUCUCUCUCUCCUCAUCCUGCUCCUCUUCUGCUACAAGGACAAGCUGAAAUUAUUGUCUGUAAAUCUGCGAUCCUGUGUCCAGAAUCUGAAGAGGACGAGGAUACAACAGGAGACUUUGGCCCCUCUUUACCACAGUGGAGCUGGAGGAGGAUUAGUAGGGUGCCCCAAAUAUACACCGUGUGAUACGACCAAACUCAUCUACCAAGCCCCCCACUGCCCCGCCGACGGGCAGCCUUGCACCUUUCCCAUAUCCGUUCCCGAUGUCAAGGUCUCGCUGCCCUUAACAGGGGAAAGGACGGAGGAAGAAGGCACCAAGGGGAAGUCAGCGAUGGAGAAUCGGAGCGAAGGGCCUGGAGAACCUGAGGAAGUGUCAGAAGAAGACGAGGUUGUCAGUGUGUCUCCUCUUUUGGCUGGUUCUUGCAUUUGUCUCAUUCCUAUCCGCGAACCCCUGGAAGUAGGGGAGAACGAGGACUGUAGCCAGGCCGUCAGCUGCGGGACUCCAGGAACCUGCUCGUGUAGAGGGCCGGAUGGAGAAAGGGAGGCUGAUGAGAGCGGGAGAGAGGAGAAUAGUGGGAGUGCGAGGGCAGACAGCAACGGAGGAAACGGAGAUGGAAAUCUAGGAAAGAUCAUUUUGACCAAGAGGGAAACCGGUGUUGCAUCACUCGCACAGCUUUCUCCUCCACUCCUCCACAUCUCCUCCGUCGUACCUCAACCCAGUACACUUCCUGAACUCUGCCUGCCGCUGUCUCAAGCUCAGACGAGGUCAGAUUUCAAACCUCACCUGACUGACAGGCCACUGGUGAAGCGGGAGGAAUCAUACAGACUGGCAAGCGCAGACCCCCCCGCCACAGAGAGCAGUGCCCCCUCCGCGAUGAUCUCCGUCAGCCCCUUGAUGACUUCCUCGUCUGUUGGAGAUCUCCACCUGGAGAAGCCCCCUGAGGCCUCGAGCCCGGAGCUCGGCCAAGGACUCUGCUGGGAGCGUAGCAAGGGAUUAAAACUCUCUUCUGGAGAGUUAGAUCUUGAGUGUUCACCUGAGAGCCUCCAUAGUCAGCUGACUGAACCAACUCUUACCUCAGGUCAGGUGUCCGGGAGCCACAACACCACCUUCAUCUCCAGCGGCCAGGUGAUGAACUUCACCGGCGAGGUCAUCGUGGUGUACGUCGGCCAGUCGUCUCUGGGGAGUGACGGGGCCGGUCAGGGCGACGCCUUCGGGAGCCCCGUCCAGGAGGAGUCCAGUGAGACGGCCCCGUUUUUGCCGAGCAGCACGGGGCCGCGGCGCGAGGCCUCCGUUAGUCGGGGCGCCGUGCGAGACGAGACGCUGCCCGUCCAGGAGGCGAUGGAGGAGCGUCCGACGGGGAAGUGAAAAGUGACUCCUGGCAGUUUGUUUUGUCAGAAGAAGAAUCCUGAGGACGUUCUUCUUCUCCUAUGCAGCCAAGUUUCUUUCCUCCAGGACAGAACAUUCCUCAUCUCAGUGACAAUCAUUCAGAAAAUGCAAAAAUGACUCUUUGAUCAUUCUGUCGGUUUAAUGUCUUCGCUUAUGGUACAAAAAGCCUUAAUGAAUCUGCAUAUCAUUCCUGCUUGCUGUUAACGAAGAAAGAAAGACUGCCAUUUGAAAUGAAGCCGGGGAGAGAGACACUUUUUACAGAUCUAUGCUUAAAUCAUUUCUUAUUCAUUUGUCAAAUGAAUCUUGCCUCAGGCAUGUCCAAAACGCCUUUAUUCAUUUUCCAUUGGAAGGCUUCUCGCUCUUUCAAAUGGAAACUCCCUCCAUUCCAGACAAAGAUGGGGCAUUUGUUGAGAAUUAGUUGCAGAAUUAAGGUUCAAAUGUGACAGGAGAAGAAGAACAUUUUGCAGUCGGGUGUUGAUAUAACAGCGUUACCCAGGUUGAAGUCCGUACAUUUUUGUUUUUAACAUUUCAAAAAAAGUAUCCUUGCAUAACAAAAUAUCCACCAUGUGGAAAUAAUUGUAUUUGCUCUCACAAAAUCAGGAUAUGACAGUAAAUAUUUUUUGGAAGAAAUCUAAUCCCUAAGCCACAUUACUAUCUGGUCAUCCACUGAGUGAAUGUUUUUUUUCUUUUUGGAUUACAGGCAAAAGAUAAUUUACAGUAAAGAGACACAUCCAGUUUUGGAACAAUGCUUAUUUAUCCCAUUACGUAGACUUUUUCAAAAUCCUCUUCUUAUUGCACCACAAGUGCAGUGUGUGUCUAAGGAAAAAUGCUGUGCAUUUGAUAAGCUAUUUUAUUGCUGGUUUGUUUUGUUUCAUUAUGUUUUAAUGCACAAACCUUCAUGAAGAAAAGUUAAAUCCAUCUGUUUAUAUUUUAAUUAUUUUAUAAAAGUAAAUUGUACUAUUUCAGAAGAUAUGUGAUUAAUGUCUGUAUAUAUUUCAAAAGAAAGGGAUCUAUAUAUGUGAAUCAAAAAUGAAUCUCUCUUUUUGCCUGCCCUUAUUUGAUUUGAGGUGCGGAUGCUUUAAAAGACGUCAUUAACAGCAGGCAGAACGCAAUAAGGGACUGUUCGAUACAACCUUGCCAUAUGCUCGUAGCCAUGAUACAAUUAUUAUGUAAAUAUCAAUCAAAACCUUUCCAAUGAACGACUGAAAGAAUUUUGUGAUUGAAAUUAAAAAACGUUUUGCAUCUAAUACUCUUUAGACAUUUGCUGCUUUAUCUCGAGUUUCUCUUUCUGGUUUUGAAAAAUGACAAAGAGCGUGUAAUUUCUCCCCUAAACAUGAUCUAUGAUCUACGCGAGCAAUGCUAAUUGCAAAUGUGGUAGGCCCUGUGUGUGUUUGCCCCCGUGUUAACGGGCAGACAGACGGACAGGCGGCCUUUCAUCAGGCCUGUGAACGGCGAGCAGCUGUGAGGGGAAACCAGUCAGACCAGCCAGCGUCACAGAGACCACAUGAGA